AUGGCAUCUUCUUCCUCUUCCUCGGCAGCACUAACAUUAAUCAUUUCUGAUGACAAGCCGACCAGUGAUACAAGUGAUUCUCGUCCUUCUCCGACUUCUUCAGUACUUCCGGCUACUGAUAUUUCUUCUUCAAGUGGAACAGCAACAAAAAAAUUAACGAAAAUUCUUUCUACUCAAUCAAGUUUCGAACGUCAUCAUCCUGUACAUCCAAUUGCCAAACGUUUUUCAAUUGAUGCUGAUCCUUCAUCAAUCAUUUUAAGUACACCCACAACUGACUUUUCCAAUCAUCAAGCACAACAACAAUCAACAUCGGAUACUGAAGAAACUCCAUCAAUUCAUACUUCUUCUCCAAGUAUAUAUGGUAAAGAAACAUCCCCUGCUCAAUCACCAUCAUAA